AUGAAGGAACCAGGGAGAGCCGGCCACCGCCAUUCCCCCAUCCUCUCCUCCCCAUUCUCGCCGGCCACUCCCCGUUUCGAUGCUCCGCCGACCAUCUCCCCGCGGCCACCCCGGAGGACUCCCGCGGGCAGAGCCUCCGCGGCCUCCUCGUCGAGAAAGCUGGCCGCUGGGAUCUGGCGGCAGCAGGUCCAGCUGGAGAGAUUCUCGCCGUGGGUAAGGUUUCCUCCGCUGAAUUUCUGGAUCUCUUCCCCGCUGGCAUAUUUCUAGGGCUUCCUGGUCCGGAUUCUUUGCGCGUUAGAUUACUCCCGGACUCCGAUGGAUUGUGAAUCUGAUGUAGUAAAACUCUGCAGAAGGAAUUAGGGUUUAUGAGGAUAACCUUCCUGGCCUUUGAUCAUCUAUUCUUCGAGAAACCAUUGCUUCAGAUGAAAUUAGGGUUUUAUAAUCGCUUACCCUUCUCGCAGGCCGUCCAUGGCCAACCGAGGCCCCCCUGCGUCUGCAAGCUCAAGAACUCACACAUCCACGGUGAUCCCGUUCCCAGUCUAAGCGGAGGCCUCCGGUUCAAGGUAGGUCAGCUCUUCGUCUUCCUCGUCUUCAUUGCCAGAGAGUUCCCAGAGCUUCCAGUGACCUCCAACUCCAUUGAUCCGGCUUGUUUUGGAUUCAGCACGAGCUGGCAAAUUUUGCGAUGGAGAGGGCCACGAGAUGGGACACCGGGAUCCCGGAAUCUGAGCUCACGAGGCUCCUCGAUCAUCUGAAUGUCGUCCCGGAUGAACAGCCACAUGGAAGGAUGACAUCGACGGCAGUAGAUCUCCGAGACGAGCUCGAUCAAGCUAGGGCGCGGGUGGCAGACCUCGAGGACGAGUGCGAGCUAUGGCAGAAGAAGCUCAGCGACCUCUACGAGAAGGCCCUACGACGGAGGCGAAAGGAGGAGAAGCUUGCUGCAAUGGCGGCUGAUCUGGAGGGGGAGCUGAGGAGGGAGAGGAAGGACCGGCGGUGGCUGGAGGCGGAGAAUAUCAAGCUCGCCGGUGAGGUUGCGGCGGCGGAGGCAUCUGCUUGGCGGCGCCUGCAGGAUUACGAAGAGCAGAAGAAAGAGAGGGAGCUCAUGGAGGAGGUCUGCAGGGAGCUGGUGGAGGAGGCCGACGGUGGCCGAGCAGAGAUCGAGGUGCUGAAGAGGGAGGCCAUGGAAAUCCGCGGGGAGCUCGAUUGGGAGAGGAGGAUGUUGCAGGUGGCCGAGGAUUGGCGUGAGGAGAGGGUCCAGAUGAAGCUGAUCGACGCGAAGCUCGCCAUUGAAGUGCAGCGCUCCCAAGUCAGCAAGCUUCGGCCCAUGUUGCAGAAGUUUUUGCGGGGAGAGGUGGUCUCUGUUGCAGAGGAAGAAGGUGAUGACAAUGGGGAUGAGGACGAUGGCGACAGCAGCUGGGAGGAGAUGCUGAGUCGGUCUGAGGAGCUCGACUCGAGCAUUCCCUCAAUUGGAACAGAGGGGGAGGUGAUGGCAGAAAGGUGA